AUGGAUACGUUGACGAAAGAGGUUGACAAGCUCCAGGUGGAAGACGAUCCGACUGUGACACAACCCACGGAGACAACAACAACAUCAACAACAGCAGCAGCAGCAACAGAUGCUGACCAACCGCCUCCCCCGACUGAAUCUGAACCUGUAGCAGCGCCAACCCCUAUAUCUGCACAGGAUCCUGCGUCUACUGUAGAACACGCUCCAGAGUCUGAGCCCGCACCAGUCCCUGAUAACUUGGUUCCACAAACACCGGAGCAAGAAAUUCCCGCCCGUAUUGAUGAGACGCCCUCGAAUUAUUCACAGACGUACAAUAACGGCUAUAGCAACGGACAGCAAAGUCACCACUCGUCGUUCUCCCCUGAAUACAUUCAGUCAACUGCACCAGCGCUACAUACACAUGAGAGUGAUCUCUCACCUGCGUCAAGGCAUAACUCCCCCACCAUGUCUUAUCAACAAUACCAACUUCCCUCACAACCUGCCUCUCGUCCAGGAUCGGGAGUGUCGAACUCUGGAGAUAGAUAUGGAUACUCUCAGCAAUACCACGACCAAAACCCAAGGCAGCAGCAGCAGCAGCAGCAGCAGCAUCAACAGCAAACACAACAACAGCAGCAACCAUCGGCAGCACCAAGCAAGAAUAGUGUUGUGAUUAAAGUUGGAAUGGUUGGUGACGCUCAGAUUGGCAAGACAAGUUUGAUGGUCAAGUAUGUCGAGGGAGACAAAUCUCGUGAAGCACUGAUCACUAACACUACGGAACCAGGGGUCAAUUUUAUGGAAAAGACUAUUUCAAUCCGGAACACAGAAAUCACCUUUUCAAUCUGGGAUCUAGGUGGGCAGCGAGAAUUUGUCAACAUGUUACCCCUUGUUUGCAAUGACGCAGUGGCCAUCUUGUUCAUGUUCGACCUCACCCGGAAAAGUACACUUAAUUCUAUCAAAGAGUGGUAUCGACAAGGGAGAGGAUUCAACAAGACUGCCAUACCUUUCCUCGUUGGAACUAAAUAUGAUCAUUUUGUCAAUUUCCCCCGCGAAGACCAGGAGGAAAUAUCAAUACAAGUAAGACCCUUUAACCUUUUUGAAAUUUUUGGUUACAAAAUGUAG